ACAAUCAUUUUCAUCUUUAUUUUUGCUCUGUUCUCUCAACUUCAGAACUUCCUACUCUCAUAAAGGUGGUAACCGGUGAUGACCCACUUUGUGGUUGCCACCGAAAUUGUCAACUUGAUCCCUAUUGUCCCUUUCUCUUCAUAAAAUUUGUCACCCAUACCUUUCAAUUAACAAAUUGCCCAAAACCAAAGUGUGAUUAUCUUCACAUGGAGAUUAAUAGUGAAGAGCAUCAAUCAGUAAAUUCAAGUGAGGAUUUACACAUGAUUGAUGUAGAUGAUAUGGUAGUUGUUUCUGUGCAACCUGGGACUAAUAAGCAAAAAGAUAAAGAGGUAGCCAAUGACAAAGGGAAUGAGAAGAACACUGACAACACUGAUGGAAAAGCAACAAAAAGGAAGGGGAAGGAAAUUGAGAAAUAGGAUUUGUGACAAAGUUUAGAGGUAUGGGAACAUUUUACCAAGUUUAUAAAUGAUAAGGAGUUAGUGAAAGCUACAUGUAUGCAUUGUAAGAAGGCUCUAUGUGCUAGCUCAAGGAAUAAUGGGACUUCAACAAUGAAAAAGCACAUAAGAAUCUGUAAAUUGAAUCCUAAAAGCUUGAAAAAUCAGAAACUACUUGGUUUGGGUAGAUUUUAUAGUGCUGAUAAUGGUGAUGGGCAUGGUGCCACUAAACUUACCACUUGGAAAUUUGAUCUUAAUGCUAUGAAAAGGGCUUUAGUUGAAAUGAUAAUCAUUGAUGAGUAUCCCUUUAGCAUUGUAGAAAGGUUAGGAUUAAAAAAAUUCAUUGCAG